CAGAGCAAUCGUAUCCUUGCUAAGAUAGGAUUUCCCUUUGGUGGUCAAUAGCGUCAAGUUGGAAGGCUUUCUUCAUCAUGGCUUUGUCGUCGUCGAUGAACGUUUUCCGUAUUGCUGGAGACCUUCUUCAUUGCAUAAGUAUUUUCAUUUUACUACAUAAGAUGAGGAAAACUCGUACUUGCACAGGAAUUUCAAGAAAAACUUUAGAACUUUAUGCGAUUGUGUUUUUAACUCGAUAUCUGGACUUGUUCACUGGAGGUUAUUUUGAUAGUGCGCUAUCUUUGUACAACACAGUGUUGAAAUUGCUAUUUCUUGCGAGUACCUUUUAUUGCGUCUAUCUAUUGAGGGUGAAAUAUAGACACACAUACGAUCGUUCACACGACACUUUUCGAGUGCCGUUUCUCUUGGGAGCAGCUGCAGUGUUGGCGUUCAUUUUCCCUCAACGAUAUACUAUUUUGGAAAUUCUGUGGUCCUUUUCACAAUACCUGGAAGCAGUUGCAAUUCUCCCUCAGCUGUUGUUGCUUCAACGAACUGGUGAGGUCGAAAAUCUCACUUCACACUAUAUAUUUUGUCUUGGAGCAUAUCGUGGCUGUUAUGUUUUGAACUGGAUAUGGCGUUUCUUUACUGACAGUACAUAUCGUGGACAGUAUGUUACUUGGACUGCAGGCCUAAUACAAACAUCUCUUUAUGCAGACUUUUUUUAUUAUUAUUUGAAAUAUAAGAAACAGGGUCGCGCAUUGAAGCUUCCUCCGUAAAUUCAAAAUAGUGACAGACUGGAAAGUAUUCGUAAACUUGCGGUUUAUUUUUCACUUUCCGAGAUUUGUAGUUCAAACUUGGCCUUUGUCUGCAAGUCACUAUGACAGUGUUUCCAUUCUAAUACAUAAUCGAGGCAAAUAGUUCCUUUUCAGUCGGAAGAAAUAGUAUAAACAUUAA